AUGCUAAAUGGUUUUGUAAUCCUCUUAGGGCUUUUUGGGUUGGUGAGCAAUCCUGAAGGAACAGCACCUGUAGCACCCACUGACUGGGUAAGGAUCGAAGACUUCCACACAGUGCUGGAUGUUAGUCUGCUGGCAUUGAUUGAAAUCAUGCUCAAGCUUCUGCCACUUCUGAAAAAAGCUGAGGGAAGAACAAUCAAUCUAAUUAAUGCCAAAGGCCUCAUGGCUUUUGUAAGGAGUGGCUACAGGCUGUCCAAAUGGGGCAUGGAACCUUUCUCUGACAUCUUACGGAUAGAGAUGUAGCAUUUUGGAGUGAAAGUAAGCAUUGUUGAGCCUAGUUUCUUUAAGGCUGGAGUAAUUAAUUCAGAUGUCGUCAAGAACUACCUCUUAAGACUCCGGAACAGACUGACUCCUGAAAUCAGGGACUCCUAUGGAGAAAAAUACUUCAUUGACUAUAUAAAAGCUGAAAUAUCACCAGUGAAAGGACUGUGUGACACUGAUAUUUCCAAGGUCAUAAAACGCACAGAACAUGUCCUGACACCAAAGUACCCCAGGACACAAUACGGAGCUGGAUGGUUCUUUUGGCUGUUACUCUCCUAUGCCCCAAGCCGUUUAUCUGACAUGCUGCUGUGUUAUGACGUUGCCAGCUCCAGCAUCUAG